AUGGGUAAAAAGCGCGUUCUGAUCAGCUACGGCGUUGACGUUGAUGCAGUCGCUGGUUGGCUCGGUUCCUAUGGCGGGGAAGAUUCCGCCAACGAUAUCAGUCGAGGAGUGUGGGCUGCCACUGUAGGAACAGAAAGAAUGCUCAAAUUAUUUGCCAAAUACAACAUCAAAUCGACUUGGUUCAUUCCUGGGCAUACACUCGAGUCGUUCCCCGAGGAGAUGGCUGCCGUGCGAGACGCUGGUCAUGAGAUCGGUUUACAUGGUUAUACGCACGAGAACCCGGCAGAUAUGACCAUCGAACAACAGCGAGACGUGCUGGAAAAGACUUACAAGCUCAUCACAGACUUUGCUGGUAGACCGCCACGCGGAAGUGUCGCACCAUGGUGGGAAACAAGUACGGAAGGCGCCCAACUUCUGCUCGACCACAAUAUUGAAUACGACCAUAGCUUGAGCCACCAUGAUUGCCAAGCAUACUAUCUCCGCACGGGAGACUCAUGGACAAAAAUUGAUUACUCCAAAAAUGCCGCGGAGUGGAUGAAGCCAAUGGUCAUGGGCCAAACCACUGGACUAGUGGAGAUUCCAGGCAAUUGGUAUCUGGAUGAUCUUCCCCCCCAUGAUGCGGCGGCCAAUAGCCACGGGUUUGUGAACCCACGCGAUGUCGAGGACCUCUGGCGCGACCAGUUUGAUUAUUUCUACCGGGAAUAUGAUGAAUUUAUUUUCCCGAUCUCUAUCCACCCUGAUGUUUCGGGCCGGCCUCAGGUUGUUCUCAUGCACGAGAGACUUAUUGAUUAUUUCAAAUCCCACGACGGAGUUGAGUUUGUGACUAUGGAGGAAAUUUGUGAUGACUUCAAGGCUAAAAAUCUUCCUCCUCCGGGGGCGACUCUUCCUAGAACUUCCAAGUAG